AAGAGUAAACGAGUAAGAGCGCAGGUGCGUAUUCGCGGGUAGUGUGUGUGACGCCGACGGGCACAGUCCCCACGCCAUGGCUUUUUCAUUUGAUCUAUCCGGUUCUAUCAUUGUCGGUGUCUGCGCAUUCAAAAGCAGAGUUCUCCAAUCCAAAGUUACAGUGUUUACCCAUAGUGUACACAAAUAAGCAACUUUAACUCUAAAACUCAAAGAAGAUAUGGGACAACAAAAUGUGCUAAGAAAUAGUAGCUCAAGUGUAGUGAGUUAAUGAACUUAUAGUGUAUAACAAAUCUGUGUAGUGACUGGCGAACUAAUUGGAGGUUAUGUCAACUUGAUAAGCGUACACAAUAAAGGGCCGAGUACAACGAUCAAAGAGCAAUAAUCAGCAGCAAUAAGAGAGAAAGAUUUCUCCUCAUUGUUAUAUCUGGGUCAUUAACCGCCAAGCUUCGUUCGUCGUCGUCAUCGCUUCGUCUGCAAACAACGGAUAAGAGAAAAAGAAAGAGAGAGAGAGAGAGAGAGAGAGAGAGAGAGAGUAAGCGAGUGAAAGAUAAGAAGAGAAAUCAUCGACGACGACGAUGCCUCGCCUAACUGAAUUAUGUACAAAGUGAUGCUGCUUUUUAUUUAGAUAGCGACGACAACGACGACGAAAUUAUGAUGGCUCUGCCAACGCUUCCACUCGACAUUGCCGUGCCAGCUUCGGUCCUUUGCCGGCGAGGCGGUGUCACCAUGACUGGAAUAAUCAUUCGUAACUUUCUUAAAGAGAGUCUUAGGCGAAAUUCCGGGGCGAUGCUGGAUCAUAGCGAGCAAAAUGCCCUCAUGCUACGAGUGUCCGAAGAGACACAAGCAAGCAGCAAGGCCGACGACGACGAUGAUGACGAUGAUGACGAGGAGGAGGAGGAGGAGGAGGAGGAGGAAGACGUCGAGAUUUUAAGUCCUGACAACCAGUUAAGCGAGCUGGAAAGGUUUUUACUAUCGCAGCUCGACGUUACUCAAUAUCGACCGAAGCACGUCGGACGUUUUCUCACUAUGCACAAACGUCGUCGCAAGCGUCUCGUCACGCGGUCGCUCGCCCAACAACCCGCUUUGCUCGACGAUGUGUUGCACGGUCAGGUCCAGUGUGUGCUCGAAAGGGUGGAUAACUGGCAGUUCAACGCGUUCACCCUGGAGACGGUGACCGGAGGUCGAUCUCUGCCAGUGUUAUGCGUGCACCUGUUCCACGAGUACGGUUUGCUGAGCCACUUCGACCUCGACGUCGUGACGGUUUGGAAGCUAUUCACUCUGAUCGAUGAGGGUUACCACAGCACAAAUCCAUACCACAACAGUAUACACGCUGUGGACGUGACGCAGGCGAUGCACUGCUUCCUACAGGAGCAGCAGAUCAGGGGAAAUCUCAAUUAUCUCGAGAUCAUGGCGUCUUUGAUCGCCGCUGUCACCCAUGAUCUCGAUCAUCCCGGCGUCAAUCAACAUUUCCUCGUCGCCACCAGUAAUCAUUUGGCUGCUCUCUACAAGAACACGUCGGUAUUAGAGAAUCACCAUUGGCGAUCAGCAGUAUGUUGCCUCCUGGAGAGCGGAGUAGCAGAACAGCUACCAAAGGAAAUCAAACCCGAGCUUCAACGUCACAUCAGCUCGCUAAUUCUUGCUACUGACAUCACUCGGCAACAGGAGUUUCUAACUCGAUUCAAGAGAUACCUGGACAACCGUGACUUGGACAUGGAGGUUCCAGAUCAUCGUCACUUCAUUUUACAAAUAGCAUUGAAAUGCGCGGACAUUUCAAAUCCAUGCAGACCGUGGGAGAUAUCGCGUAAAUGGUCGUACAAAGUCUGCGAGGAGUUCUUCCGGCAAGGCGAUUACGAGAGGCAAUUGAAAUUGAAGCUGACGCCGAUGUGCAAUCGUCAUGACACCACUAUACCCAAGAUUCAAGUUAACUUCUUCAAAUUCGUCGUGCUGCCGUUAUACGAGGAGUGGCAUCGAUUCUUAGACAACGACUUCAGUAGGUCGUUAAUGCAAAAUUUUAGAUCUAACGAGAAGCAGUGGGAACUGCUUGUAGAGCAAGAAGACGCGGCUGAUCCAACUGCUGCUGCUGCUGGUUCUGUUGCACAGCCUGACUCUACGGCUUCGGAUAAUGCUACAGAAAAUGUCGAAGCUUCCGAGCUGACGGAGGAUUCGGGCAGUUUGGAAUUGGAAGUGACGUCGGCGAGUUUGUUGGUGCCAGCGCAGCGACAGACCCGCGACAGACGUCACUCAGUGCCGCUGGGCGUGAGCCGUAGCCUGUCGCUGGCGCCGAAGCCGACCACAGGUCGCCGUGACAGCGCGCCGCGCUCCGGCGCAACACUGCUGCCGCCGCGCAUCUUCUACCCGCGUCCCAGUCAUUAUCAAUCCUCGCCAGCGAACAUCACCGGCUUGAAUUCACCCGAGCGACCGGUCAGCGCGGAGAACUUACUUCCCGAGCCAACCAUCGCCAGCAUUGCCAACAGUCGGGAAGCAUCCCAGCUCUGCAGUCUUGUUCAGCAACAACCUUGGGAGAGCACGCUGUUCGAUCAGCCGCCGGCACAGCGCCAAGGCACGCUCACCCGCCAGCAGACCUUCCCGCCUCUUCAGCCGUUCGUGCGAAUGCGCUACAUGUCGACGACGGCCGAGAUGUCGCAAUGCUGCACGGAGGUGCUCCUCGAGGCGGACAGCUCGUCGUCGCGCUCGUGCUCGCCAGUGCCGCCGGCCACAGACAGCCCGAUCGUCGACAGCUUGCCCCUGCCGCCGAGCGUCACGACGUCGGCGUCCACGGGCGAGUUGAGGAGACACUCGACCCCCGCGCAGUCGAAGUCGAGGUGCACCGCGAGCGCCACCGGCACGGGCAGGAGAUUCACCACGAUACCACUGACUCAGGAGCCCGGCCAGGAAAGGCAGCACAAAGUUUUCUUCAUCGGCAGUCCACCCGACUCGCCGCCCAGAUUGACCAGCGCCACGCCGUCGAGCGACAGUGGCAGUGGCAGCGUUCACGGCGAGCCGCGGAAGAGCGCGGACAACGUCAGUUUGCCGGGGAAUAAGAGGGAUUACAGCGAGACGAGAGGCGAGAAGAGCUCCAAGAUGCUCAAGCUGAUGAAGGAGAACGUCGACCCUCGGGCUGCCGAGGAUAUUAAGACUUCGAUCGCGAUUACCAACAGGCGCUCGAAGGGCUGGGCAAGAAGACGAGGUUCGGAACCAGUUGGUUUGCAAGUCCAUCUGGAAGACACUUGCGUACCAAAUCGACCAGUCGAGCCAAACUCCCGACGCGGCUCUGUACCAUCUGACAUCACUGCACAACCGAACGGAGGACCUAAUCGAAUCGGACUGAGCAUGCGAUCUGCUGACAAACAGUUGGGACCAAGUAGUAAACGUCGAUCCAGUUUACCCCAUGAAACAGCCAUCGGCAAUUUACUCAGCAAUUUCACUCAACUUGCAGCUGAUCGCGAGAACUAUCCGUUGAACAACAACAACAACAACAACAAUAACAAUACAGGCAGCAAUAACAACGGUUUCACUCGUUCAGCAAUGGUCGAGGGAAGCCUAGCAACGCAAGUGGGCACAAUUCUUAGUUCCCAUCGUGGUUCCCUACCAGCGGACAUAUCCGAAUUCCGACCGGACUUUGGACGCAAUAAUGGUGGCAAGUCACGCAUCAAUCGAAGCAGUAGCAAGAAAUUGCUUCGUCGUCGAAGUAGUGGUGGCCCAGAGAUGUUCGUUACGGAUGGUGGUAACGAUGAAAAUCAUCCACGAUCUACCGCGUCCAAUAACAGACAAUCAGUACCACCGCCAACGUCGAUCCACUCUAAAAGGCGUGGAUCAUUACCCAUCGACAUGCUCGGCGCAGUGCGUUACGUUCACAGAUAGAAUCGGCGCCCUAUUCUGUACAUACACGAGAGCUGAAUUCUCAUUUCGUUUGUUGGCUCAUUGCUAUUAUAAUAAUUAUUACUUUAUCAUUAUUAUCAUCAUCGUCAUCAUCAUCGCCAUCACCAUUAUUAUUUGUAUUAUUGCGUUCGUAUAACUUAUUGUUCUUUCGUGAUUUUUCGCGACGGUCAGUUAUGUAUAUAUUGUACAAUAAUAACGAAUAUGGUUUUAAUUUAA